AGGACUACAGCGGACGGCAGCAGCUUCGUAGUAAAAAUGCGGCGCUGAGAAAACGAGGAGGCGAUACAGAGAGAAAGAGAGAGCAGAGCAGCCGGUAUUUUUUUUUUGUCCUCAGAAAGAAGAGGAGACCGGUUUCCUCCCUUCCUCUGCCCUCGGACAUGUGGAGCACUUAGCAGUAGCAGCAGCAGCAGCAGCGCGAGGAGCAACGCAGCCUGUGGCGGCGGCGACGCGGCGUAGCGUUUAGCCCUACACGUCUUUGGGACUUAUUUUGUCUUUUAAUAUAUAUUUUGUAUCCUUUGGUAAUGAGCUUACUGGGGGCCUACAAAAAAAAGACUAGUUACGAUGGCUAUGAAUGUUUGCAGCUGGUCGAUAGCGGCGGAGACAGAUUCAGCAUCAGCAGAGGGAGCAGCGGCGGCGGCGGCGGCACUCUCGGCUCCAUAGCGGCCACCCUCGGACCGAAGGCAGGCCCGCUGAGAGAGGAGGACUGCAGCACCAUGGACAGCUCAGAUAUGGAUGCCAACUAUGGAGGAGGACUGUUGGACAUGGUGAAGGGAGGAGCCGGGAAGUUCUUCAGCAACUUUAAAGACAACUUGAAAGACACCCUGAAAGAUACUUCCACCAAGGUCAUGCAUCAAGUAGCUACGUACACCAAAGGGGAGCUGGACAUUGCUUAUAUUACAUCAAGAAUCAUAGUGAUGACCUACCCAGCGGAAUCAGUGCAGAUUGGCUAUCAGAACCAUGUUGAAGACAUCCGCUCCUUCCUUGACAGUCGCCAUGCGGACCACUACACUGUCUUCAACCUCUCACAGCGUAACUACCGUGGCGCCAAAUUCUCAAACAGGGUUUCAGAGUGUAAUUGGCCUUCGCGCCAAGCUCCCAGCCUCCACAACCUGUUUGCUGUCUGUAAGAAUAUGCACAACUGGCUUAAACAGAAUCCCAAGAAUGUAUGUGUAAUCACCUGCUCGGACGGUCGUGCUCCCUCUGGUGUUUUGGUCUGUGCCAUGUUCUGCUUCUGCCAUCUUUUCAACAACCCAAUUCCUGCCAUGCAGCUGCUCAGCGCCAAGAGACCGGGCUCUGGACUCUGGCCUUCACACCGCAGAUACAUAGGUUAUGUAUGUAGCAUGGUAUCGGAGAAGCCCAGCCUCCCCCAUUCAAAGCCCUUGGUGAUAAAGGCUCUCACUAUGAGUCCAGUCCCCUGUUUUAACAAACAACGUAGCGGCUGUCGACCCUUCUGUGAUGUCCUCAUUGGAGAAACCAAGAUCUUCACCACUGCGCAAGAAUAUGAGAGGAUGAGAGAGCACAGAAUUCAGGAGGGGAAAGUUGUUUUUCCUCUGGGUGUGAGUGUACAAGGAGACGUUGUGGUUUCUGUCUACCACAUGAGAUCGACAAUUGGAGGACGCCUGCAAGCCAAGGUCUCAAACACCCAGAUCUUCCAGAUUCAGUUCCACACUGGAUUUAUUGCCCCUGGAACCAACGUGUUGAAGUUUAACAAACCAGAACUCGAUGCUUGUGACUCCCCUGAGAAAUAUCCCCAACUAUUCCACGUUAUACUGGAUGUGGAGGUAGAAGGGGUGGACAAACAGAAAGACCUGACACCGCCAUGGGAGCAGUUUCCCUGUAAAGACCUGAGCCCCAAUGUGCUCUUUUCCGGCCAUGAGGAACAUCAGGACGCCCUGGCUAUUGCUGAACCAAGCCGGCCCCAUGGAGGUCCAGAUGGUCGAGGCCAUGGUGAGGAAAGCGAGCCCUCAGAUGAUGAAAUGCUAUCACUAUCCAGCCAACGAAGCAGCAUCAGUACUGCCCCACAUAAACCUGAACCUCCAACUCCAACUCCUGCAACUGCACCCGCUGAAGAAGUGGAUCUUCUUGGCCUGGAUGGGGGGAACAUUAACCGUCUACACCCCUCAUCUCAGCCUCCGUCUUCAGCAGCUACAACCACUGACCUCUUAGGAGACUUGUUUGGGGCUCCAACUCAGCCAGUGAGUGGACCCUCAUCCACCCACUCCACUCCGCACAAAGUUACCCCAAACACUGCCUCGCCAUGUCCGUCUCCUGCUCCACCGGCAUUUGAUCCCUUUGGGGCAGGUCCCAUGCCUAAGCCUCAGGACAUGAUGGAUUCAUUCCUCGGACCAGGUAAUGUUGUGCAGCCAGACCCUUUCCUGCAUGCUGCUCGCUCUCCAUCACCCACCCUGCAACCUCCAAGCCAGGGCCGGAGUUCCCCAGUCCCACCCACCACCCCAACUGUCAACAUUCAGCAGCAAAAUGCCAUGGGAGGAUGGGACUGGAACAGACCCGCUACCACAAACACAGCAGGAGGCUUUGGUAUGGGCAGUCGGUCAGCCACUACCAGUCCCACUGGCUCCGUUCACAGCACCCCUACCCACCAAACAAAGCCAAACACUCUGGAUCCAUUUGCAGACAUCGGCAACCUGAGUGGAAGCCUUGGAGGAGGUUCUGGGUUCUCCAGCAAGCCCACCACUCCAACAGGAACAACCCCGUCUUUCCCACCAAUGGGCUCUCCUUCACGACCUCCACCAUCACCUCAACAUGCAGGAGCGUGGCAGCCUCACGCAGGUCCAAGCUUCCCCUCGUGGCAGCCCAGCACGGGAGGCAGUGGAGGGUGGCAAGCCCAAGGACAGGGCUCCACUCCACAGCCAAAGCCCAGCCCUAGCCACACCUCCAUGCCUCACACAUCACCCCAGAACAGACCUAACUACAAUGUCAGCUUCUCUGCAAUGGGUGGAGGCUCUCCUAGUGCAGGGAGCAAAGCACAGGCUGGAAUGGGUUCAAAGCCCAGAGCGUCGGAUGCCAAUUUUGAUGACCUGCUGUCUGGUCAGGGCUUUGCAGGGACCAAAGAGAAGAAAGGGCCCAGGACUAUAGCAGAGAUGAGGAAGGAGGAGAUGGCCAAAGAGAUGGACCCUGAGAAAAUAAAGAUUCUGGACUGGAUUGAGGGGAAGGAGCGUAACAUCCGUGCUCUGCUGUCCACCAUGCACACUGUGCUCUGGGAGGGUGAGACACGCUGGAAGCCUGUGGGCAUGGCUGACCUGGUCACUCCAGAACAGGUCAAGAAGGUUUACCGCAAAGCAGUGCUGGUUGUUCACCCAGAUAAGGCAACAGGUCAACCAUAUGAACAAUAUGCCAAAAUGAUUUUCAUGGAACUAAAUGACGCCUGGUCAGAAUUUGAAAGCCAAGGACAAAAACCUCUUUACUGAAAAAGGACAAGUGAGCGGAAGUGAAGCGACAUGAGGAUGUUCCUGUUGAUUCGGUCAUCCAACCCCAAAAAUAUUACCACUUGGCUUCUGACGGCUGCGCCCUGCAACAACAUCUGCCUUUAUACCUGCGCUUUGACUCAUGCUUAUCUUCCUGCUCAAAAUCAAUGAUGGCAAAAGACUGCAGAGCAAUCUAUGAACAGUGAUACUGAACAAAUGACCCUAGAUGUAUCCUCUGUAUGUUUGUGGUGCCACUCUAUCCGUCUUUGAGCUCUUUGCUUUGAAUCAACCUAACAAAGUCACUGAGAUGUCUGGGAGACAGAUCAAAAGAGAGCAUGGGACAAAGGUCUCACAAGAUAAGAGAAAAACACAUCAGGGAGUAAACUGAACAAGUAAACAGACUGCUCUACAGAAAAGGUUCAGAGUGGCAGAAAGCCUUAAGGCUCAGCGAAUAUCCAACAACAUUCAAGCCAUUGGGGAUUUUGAUUUUGCUUUGUAAGGUGUGUGUUAAAAUGGAAUCCAUGAUCAACUCCAUCAUAUCAAAUCCAGUCUUUCAUACAAGUGAAUCUUGCUAGUAAUAAUAAAGAAAACAACAGCAUCAUGUUACUGUACCUUAAACAGUGAAGUUAAACAGAGCCAAGCUUGUAUUCCAUCAUUUUUUUUCUUUUUACAGUUGUAGAUCUAAUCUAGUAUUCUGAAAGAAAACAUGUAUGGAAGCAAAGUACACUGAUUACAGUUUGGCUUUUAUUUACAUUCAUUUGAGGUAAGCAGCAGGAAGACAACAUUUAAACUUCUGACUACAUAUUUAAACGAUACUUGAAAUUAAUUUAUUUAGGAGAGUCACUAACUCUCAGUGUCUGCUGUAAUGAAGCUUUGUGUUUUUCUGGGACCUGGGGAUUACAUAUUGUAUAGUUAGCACAUGCACAUUUCCUUACAUGAAGCACCUUCAGGCCUCAUGAUUCUCACUCAUAAAAUAAUGUGAUUUUUACAAAUGAAACUCUGUGAAGCACAAAGAUCGUUUAAGCAGCUUUGAAGGAAGGACUUUUAUUUUUUGUUGCCCGCUUUAUUCAGAUUAAUUUUCAAAAUAAAAUGCAUAUUAUAUCUUUGUUUAACUCAACAGCACACUUAGAAAUAAGCUUAAGAUAAAUAAUUUCUUAGAUUAUUCAUGUAUGUAGAUGAUUAUAAUCAGCCCUACACAAAUCUAUCAUCACAGUGUCAUCAAAACAAAACUUUGCAGCUGUUGCACUUUGUUUUAUUUUAAACUUUGACUUGAUUAAUUUCGUUUACUUUUCUGAGAUAUUUCUUUCAAUGCACUGACACUUUUAUUUAUAGCAAGCAUGUGUUGCUGUCACAGAUCAGGCACCAUUUCAUAUCAUCCUAGAGGUACAGGACACUUCGUCCAGAAGAGAUGUCCAUGCUGCAGGUGCUGUUUAUAAUCAUUUUAAUCUAAUGGAUGGGAACUUAUUUCUCUCUGCAUUAUAUGUGUGAUUCACAGUUUCCUUGUAGAGAAGCUAUUUCAUAAUCCUAGGUUGUGGUCUGUGGGUAAAUGACUAAUAUAUAUGCAAAAUCAAAAAUGUUUUAUUUAAAAACAGUCAUCUGUUUUGUUUUUAUUUUUGUGGAUUUGAGGUUUUGUCAGGAUGGCAACAUGACCUUCUUAAGUCUGUGCUCUUUUUGGCCAGAAGACCCAUUUCACUUUGCUGUUCAGUACCUUAAAGAAACCACUCACUGCACAAACAAUUAGCAGAAUAUUUGCCUUUAUACGUUUAUAGACUGUCAGACAUUUGGCAUUAUACAUUUUCCAUUUGUUGGGAGUUGGUUCUACCCCAGGGUGUUCAGUUUAUGUCUCUGCAUUCAGGAUGUUGAUUGAAUUCUGACUAGCGCAGAAACAAAAAUGAUGCAGUAAAGUGUUGUUUCUUUCAGAACGCACCACAAAAAUGGGAGGAAGAUUUUGUCCUGGGUCCAUGUAAAGACGCCGGGUCUCAGGCUGAAAAUAUUGAACUUGAAGCCUCUGCUUUUUUUCUCUUCUUUUUUGGUGACUUACAAGAUAUGAGGAGUGUGUAGUCUGCUUCAUUUACACUGAGGACCUACAUGUGAAAUAACCCUCGUGAGCUCCCUAGCUGACUGAAUCUGCAAUCUUACAGCUACUGUAUGUUAAAAAGCUAAUCUCUAUAUUGUAGUCAAUGGAUGUGUGUUGUUUGAAGUUGUGGUAUGUAUGAACUGAGUUUGAGUACUGUAUGUCAUGUGUUUGCCUGUCUGCUGUUCAAGUAUUACUAAAUUGUGUAAAAAUUCA